UUUUAGAACGGUUUCCGGAAGUGAUGGGAGGGAUUGGGCAGGGCAGCUAAAUAUAGUCCUGGAGCCAUGGCUCAGUCUGGGAGGGUCUUCCACUGAGCACUGUGUGCCCAUCACGCGUGGUGUCCACUGCCAGCUUCCCCUGUGAGUCCCUGUCCUUGCUUGGAGGCUGCUGCUUGUCUCAGAUCUUUGGACACAGCCCUGACCUCAGUCCAGCUAGGCUAGACCCUGACCGGUCCUCCUUCCAGUCUCUUUCAGCCUAAGAUCUCCAACCAGACCUGCCCGCCAUGUCGGCUGCGCCCGGCCUCCUGCACCAGGAGCUGUCCUGCCCGCUGUGCCUGCAGCUGUUCGACGCGCCCGUGACAGCCGAGUGCGGCCACAGUUUCUGUCGCGCCUGCCUGGGCCGCGUGGCCGGGGAGCCGGCGGCGGAUGGCACCGUUCUCUGCCCCUGCUGUCAGGCCCCCACGCGGCCGGAGGCACUCAGCACCAACCUGCAGCUGGCGCGCCUGGUGGAGGGGCUGGCCCAGGUGCCGCAGGGCCACUGCGAGGAGCACUUGGACCCGCUGAGCAUCUACUGUGAGCAGGACCGCGCGCUGGUGUGCGGAGUGUGCGCCUCACUCGGCUCGCACCGCGGUCAUCGCCUCCUGCCAGCAGCCGAGGCCCACGCACGCCUCAAGACACAGCUGCCACAGCAGAAACUGCAGCUGCAGGAGGCAUGCAUGCGCAAGGAGAAGAGUGUAGCUGUGCUGGAGCAUCAGCUGGUGGAGGUGGAGGAGACAGUGCGUCAGUUCCGGGGGGCCGUGGGGGAGCAGCUGGGCAAGAUGCGGGUGUUCCUGGCUGCACUGGAGGGCUCCUUGGACCGCGAGGCAGAGCGUGUGCGGGGUGAGGCAGGGGUCGCCUUGCGCCAGGAGCUGGGGAGCCUGAACUCUUACCUGGAGCAGCUGCGGCAGAUGGAGAAGGUGCUGGAGGAGGUGGCCGACAAGCCACAGACUGAGUUCCUUAUGAAAUACUGCCUGGUGACCAGCAGGUUGCAGAAGAUCCUGGCAGAGUCUCCCCCACCCGCCCGUCUGGACAUCCAGCUGCCAAUCAUCUCAGAUGACUUCAAAUUCCAAGUGUGGAGGAAGAUGUUCCGGGCUCUGAUGCCAGCGCUGGAGGAGCUGACCUUUGACCCGAGCUCUGCGCACCCGAGCCUGGUGGUGUCUUCCUCCGGCCGCCGCGUGGAGUGCUCGGAGCAGAAGGCGCCGCCGGCAGGGGAGGACCCGCGCCAGUUCGACAAGGCGGUGGCGGUGGUGGCGCACCAGCAGCUCUCCGAGGGCGAACACUACUGGGAGGUGGAGGUGGGCGACAAGCCGCGCUGGGCGCUGGGCGUGAUCGCGGCCGAGGGCCCCCGCCGCGGGCGUCUGCACGCGGUGCCCUCGCAGGGCCUGUGGCUGCUGGGGCUGCGUGAGGGCAAGAUCCUGGAGGCUCACGUGGAGGCCAAGGAGCCGCGCGCUCUGCGCAGCCCCGAGCGGCGGCCCACGCGCAUCGGCCUCUACCUGAGCUUCGGCGACGGCGUCCUCUCCUUCUACGAUGCCAGCGACGCCGACGCGCUCGUGCCGCUUUUUGCCUUCCACGAGCGCCUGCCUGGGCCCGUGUACCCCUUCUUCGACGUGUGCUGGCACGACAAGGGCAAGAACUCCCAGCCGCUGCUGCUCGUGGGGUCCGAAGGCGCCGAGGCCUGAGCCGCCGGACGGGUCGGGGAGGGGCGCAGGGACCUGGGUUGGAGCUUAGGUCUCCUUGGUAGGGUCUGAAGGUAGAAGGGUGGGGUGCGAGUUGCCAGGGCCCAGGGGGCUGGGAACGGGGUGGUCUCCCAGAAUACUGCCGUGGGGGUAGGACUGGCUUGGUGGCUCAUGCCUGUAAUCCCAGCACUUUGGGAGACGGAGUCGGGUGGAUUACCUGAGGUAAGGAGUUCAAGACCAGUCUGGGCAACAUGGUGAAACCCCUCUCUACUAAAAAUACAAAAAUUAGCUGGGUGCGGUGGUGUAGCCUGUAAUCCUAGCUACUUGGGAGGCUGAGGCAAGAGAAUUGCUUGAACCCAGGAGGUGGAGGUUGCAGUGAGCAGACAUUGCGCCACUGCACUCUAACCUGGGCGACAAGAGUGAGACUUUGUCUCAAAAAAGAAAGAAAAAAAAAAGCGCGAGGGUUGGCAUGGCCAGGGGACUGCCGGUGAGGGGUUGGGGUGAUGCUGGGGACAAGACCCAGUGGGGUAGGGAGAUCUGGAGUCAGAUCAGUGGGGAAAUCAGAAUUUGGGAACCAGGAGCCCUGAGAAUUCCAGGAAGAAACUAAGGUUGAGCGAGGGAGGGCCAGGGCCAGGUAGGGGGAUUGACAGGAGGAGCUUGAGAACCUGUAGAGUAAGGGGCCUCUUCAGCCUCACACUCCCCUCCUCCUUAGGCCUUGGGUCCCCCACUCCAGACUCACCUUACCCAAAGGCCUUCACCUUAGUUCUCCACCUUAGGCAUGCGUUAAAAUCACCUUUUUAAAGCCCUUAACCAUGAUUUGUUAAAGCAUAGGGUGCUAAGUUUCUGAUUUAGUAGGUCGGACAGGUCAAAAA